AAUUGUAUGUUAACAAUGGGAAAAUGCUUUCGGUCCUUUAAGAACUUGCUAACAGUGAAGUACAUUCUUCCUUUCGAAGACCAACCGGAGCUCCUCAAAAGACCACCAAUUCAAUAUACUUUUAUUGAGGAUGAAGAUUGGACAAUAUUUGUCAAAGAUAGAUUGUCUGACAACUUUAAGAUGGUUGCAAGUGGAUCAACUGAAACUAUUGAUCGAAGCAUAUUGUGGAAGAAAGCAAGGGAAAAAAAGGACGGCACCUUUGAUGAAGUGGCCAUACCAGUAAUUGAGAAAAUAGACAAGCUAUUGAAAGAGUCUCAAGAGAAUGGUAGAAGUGUUAGUGGAAGUAAUGAUAUACUUGUGGAAGCAUUGGGUACUCCUGAGUAUAGUGGUCGAGUUAGGGCCAAAGGGAAGCACUACACACCUCGCCAAUAUUUCAAUAGUGCUGCAGAUCGUGCUGUCAGGGAUUUCAUAGCAGCAUCUAAAGAAGAACAAAGAAUAUUUCAGGCAGAAGUGCUAGCAAAACUGUCUCAAGUAGGAGCUGUUAUUCCCCAAUCUGAUGUUAGCAGUUCAAACAUGAAGCAAAAACAACUUCUCCUACCAGAAGCAGUAGAUAAGCCAAUCCGUAAAGUUGAAGAUGUGACCCCACCAGAAGCAAUAGAACCACAGAAGAAGGUUAGAAAAUGUGAGCUGGCCAUAGGCACCAAGGAAAAUAUAGUGGCAGGUGGAACAAUUAUACUUGAAUGUGGUCCCAACUAUUUAGUAGUUGUUGAUGCUCCUUAUGAUUCAAGUGCACCCCUUCCCAUUCCUAUUCCUGGACAAACUACUACUGUUGGGGCUGCAAUUGGUUACCAAGUUUUGUGGCCAACUGAUUUGGUCAUCAUCCGUACUCCCAUCUUAGCAUCUAAGAAAGCAAAGAAACAAAAAGUAAAUGAAGUUGAAGUCAAAUCCAAGGGUGAAAAACCACAAGAUAUGAAAAAUUUUGAGACAUUGGUUGGCCUCAUGCUGAGUACAUCAAGAAGUUGCAAGACCUUCAUGAUGAAAGAAGAUAUGGAAAUGAUAAUAUCAUUAAAAGAAGUGUCAUCCAAUUGUAUUUUAUACUACAUCUGGCAUUUGCAUAGAAAGUUGAUUGAUGCAAAGCAGGCCGAACGAUAUGUUUUUGUCAAUCCGGCAUUGGUCUCAAAAGCUGGAAUGGGAGAGGGAAGCAAGGAAAACAGGUCAAGGGUUAUUGCAGAUCGACUAAAGAAUACAAAGCAUGCUGAAUAUAUGCUUAUUCCAUACAACCCAGAUUUCCAUUGGGUGUUAGUGGCAUUGGAGAUGAAGAAAAUGAUUGCAUAUUACCUUGAUCCAAUGGCUGUCAACCAUGGCAAUGAGAAUCAACCCACCGGAAAAACAGAAAACAUCAAAGAGGGAGCCAACUUGGGUGAAAGUGGUUUGCCCAAGACAACCAGGUAG